AUGGAGAAAUUAAAGUCCAGGAACCAAAGAAAACCCAUUCUGUUCUCUUACCCUGGACAGGGAGAUGGCGGGCUGUCUUUGCCAGUGGAAAGUCGGGAAAGCUCUGUCCAGACCAACUCUGUAGGAACGUCUCUUCAGUCAAAUGCACGCCUGGAACUGCAGCAGCUGCUCCUCCAGGAGAGUCCACUUCCCAAGAUUGUCUCCACACAUUCUUUACAGCCAUUUUAUACACCAGGCGGCCCCGUACCUGGUCUUGCUGUCCUAUCCUGCCCUGUGGGCGAAGAUGUCAAAAGUACCAACAAUGUUACCUCAUCUGCCCAGGCUCCUCUAGCAGUACCUACAGCACUUCUGCCACAAGGGGAACUCAGUCUGGCCAACAUCCCUGAGAUGAUGAACUGCUCAGUUUUACUGGGAAAUAACAGCAUGGGUCCAGACACUGCCUCAUCAUCUCUUGGCACUCCUCCCAAUUUUGAAAUGCCGGUAACAGCAGAAACCAGCUUUGAAAACGGUGCUGAGUCAAUGUAUUACCCAAUUUUAUUGGGAAAUGACGGUGGCCAAGAUACUGACUCUUCAUCUGUCUUCAUCCUUCCUGAUUUUGCUGAAAAAAUGGUACUUGUAGAAAUGCCGGGAAAAGCAGAAACCAGCCUGGAAAACAGCUCUCAGGCAGUGUAUUACCCAACUUUACUGGGAAACGACAGUGGCCCGGAUACUGCCUCUUCAUCUGUCUUCAUCCCACCCAGUUUUGAAAUGUUGGUCAAAGCAGAAACCAGCCCGGAAAGGAACACUCCGGUGAUGAAUUAUCCACCUUUCUUGGAAAAUGGCAGUGGUCAAGACACUUCAUCAUAUUUCUUCAUCCCUCCCAGUUUUGAAUCCAGCACAGAAAUGAGUUCUGAGACAGUGAAUUGUCCAACUUCAAUGGAAAAUGGCAAUGAUCAAGAUACUGGUUCAGAAUCUUUCUUCCUCACUUCUGGUUUUGCACUUUUACCUGUAGAUGUAUUGGUAAAAAUAGACAACAGGAUGGAAAACAACUUUGAAACAGUGAAUCACUCAACCGUAUUGGGUAGUGACAGUAGCCAAGAUUCUUCCUCAUCUUCUUCCUGCCUCCCUUGCAACUUCGGCUAUCUUGGUGAUCCAAGGAGAAAUGUCAGAAUACUUGGUACUCAUUUGAUGGCUGCACAAAAGAAGACCACACCUGAGCACGCAGCCUGCUACUUGGUUCGUGUUUUGUUCUCCAAGGAAGUUCUGAUUCGCAGCUCCAUAGAUAUCACUUCCCAAGGCUGCCAACCCCUAGAUCCAAACAAAAUAGCUGCAUUAAGAGAAUAUCUGGCAACAAUUUUUCCCAACCAUGACUUGCGUGAAUGUGGAGAAGACUGGAAAAACUGUGUUGCCGAUAUCCAUUCUCUGAUCCGCUAUUUAUGUUUCGAAGCCAGAAAAAUGACACAGACUGUCAAUACACCACCGUCUGCAGAUGCUAAUAAUAGAAGGGAUGGCGAGGACGGUGAAGGCGCUUCCCAGUUAGCUCAGCAAAUGGCUGCCGUAGAAACAGGAGAAGAUGGAGAUCCUCAGCAGCGCAACAGUGCUCUCCCUGAAGAAAUGAGAGAAGCUGCCACUGGUAAUUCUGUGGCAUCUGGUGAAACACUGGAAUAUCUUGGAAAUCCAAGUAGAAAUAUACGGAUGCCAAUUUCACUUCUGAAUGUAGCAAAAGAGAGGCCUCGCCCAGAGCUGGCAGCCAGAUUCCUUAUUCGCAGCCUGUUCUCAGAGGAGGUCCUGAUAAAAAGUAACGUCUACGGCAGUGUGUGGCGGGGCAUUUGUGCCCUGAACUCCAACAGGAUUAACGCUCUCCGAGAGUUUCUCCAAGACGUCUACCCGGCUUGUGAUCUGUCAGAAACUGGAUCUGCGUGGAAGUUGUGUGUGACAGCCAUCAACAGCUGUAUCCGUAGUCUUAGAUAUGACUUGAACAAGUCCAUGUCCAAAUCGCAGCCGCUUCCAGAAACAACCCCUUCGGCAGAGCCCGAGCCAGGCAACCCUGACUUCACUGACUGAAGUACUUGA